AUUUUACUGCGACUCAAGGAAGGAACUUCAUUCUACCAUUCGAUACUUGUUGUUAUUAUCCUGAGCUAACUGUCAGCAACCUGUUUUAAACCUAAACGUCACAAUGUCUUCCGACUUUGAAGCAUACGAGCAGGACUUUGGGACCAUUACAGCCGAAGUAACCAACAAAAUUGGCCGAAUUCCCAAACUAAGUGGAGAGGAGAAGACACAGCUGGUUCUAAAUGUCGACAAACAGCUUGAAGAAGUCAGAGAGUUGCUGGAGCAGAUGGACCUGGAGGUGCGGGAGAUCCCCAUCCAGAGCCGGCCCAUGUACAACAGCAGACUGAAGAGCUACAAAGGGGAGAUAGAGAAGCUGGAGAAAGACUUUAAAAGGUCACGUAUCGCCUACAGUGAUGAGGUGCGCAACGAUCUCCUGGGGGAUGACGCCGGCUCCUCGGAGAACCAGUUGAUAAAGUUGCGUGAAGAGCGAGCGCAUCUGUUGGACAACACAGAGAAGCUGGAAAGGUCAUCACGGAGACUGGAGGCCGGCUACCAGAUAGCAGUAGAAACUGAACAAGUGGGUCAGGAGAUUCUCAGCAACCUGCACAGUGACCGUGAGAAGAUCCAAAAAGCUAGAGAGAGGCUGAGAGAAACGGACGCCAACCUGGGCAAGAGUUCUCGCAUCCUCACCGGCAUGCUGAGAAGGUAAGAGGCAGGAUCAUCCAGAACCGUGUCCUGGUCUUCAUGCUCGGAGCCAUCAUCCUUCUCACCAUCAUCCUGGCCCUCUAUUUCAAUCUGCGAGGCCACUGAUCUCCCCUCUACACACACAUACGCGCACACGCACACUCACUCCUCCCCUGACACAAAUACAAACACACACCCGUGUGAUUAAUAGCGACAAAAGCGUUGUUCUGCUGUAAUUAGGACAAAUGGUCCCCAUGAAUCACUGUUUCCAAAGUCUGACAGCGAGCUUUUUUUUUUUUUUUCAUCUCUUUCCUUUUUCCUUCCUGUUUGCUGUUUCUUUCCGUCCCUCUCAACCUUUUUUCCACUUUGCGCUUCCCUUUCUUGUUCUUGCUUUUCUCCUUUCACUUUUGCUCUCUCUCUGUCAGGCUCGCAUUCAUCUCCAGGGAUAAGAAUAGUUUUUUUUUUUUAUGAAAGUUAAUAUCUUUCAUGGCGUCGUCCUCAUCAAUGUUCUGCACCCCAUCUUGUCCCCAGGUGAAUUCUGUGGUUUUCGUACGUAACUCAAAAGCAGAUUCAGAUAUGUAGAUAAUUGUUUUCCUUGUGAUGGAGGUGGGUCAGGUGUUAUUCAGGAUGUGUGUGCAUGCGUGAGAGACAGCGAGAACGACAGAUAUAAGAGUGCACACUUAUGAAUGUUUGCAUGUGCAUGAGUGACAGACAUUGGCCCACGCUGUUUGUUAUUAACUCCAACACUCAUUCUGUAGGUAUGAGCGUCUGUAGCUAAAUGAUUCAGCUGUUCUUCAUGUAGCCCCUACAAAACAGAGGACAGUGCCUUCAGAUAAGAUGUGCUGUUCACACUCCAUCUUUAAAAAGCUCAGCAGAGCCCAAAAUAGACGAGCGGUGCAGCCUUCAAAAGAGAGGAUGCACGUAAAAAAAAAAAGGUGGAGGUCACUUUCAGUUCAGUCAGUCAAAAGUAAAUGUUUGUUUUCAAUUAGCUGCCUUCAGGAAAGGAUAUAUGAACACACGUUUAAAGAUUGAGGAAAUGAAAUAAAAUCGAAUAUUUUAAUGUUUUUAAUACAAAGCCGAAUUGACCAUAAAUACAAUGCACACAUACAAGCUUUAAUAUCCACAUUUGGCACCUCCCAAACUUCCACAAUUUACUCCCGCAGACUUUUUAAUAUAUCUUAAUUUUGCUAAAUGAUAGGCAUAAUACUGUAUCUACUAACAUUUAAUUCCACAUCAUGUAUAGUGUUUUGCUCUAAAUACAAGUGAUUCUGUUAUUAUUUAUUUAUAAUGCGAUUAACGUUUCUGUGUUAGAACUGUAUAUUUGAUGAUGUUAAAAGGUAUUCAGCAUUAACAUUAACCACAUCUUGAUUGUUGGGUGUUCAGUGAUAAGACGUAGGUAGACUGCACACCAGGACCAACUGAAAUGUGUGGAUUUCAAGUUUUGUAUCUUUGAGGCAUUUAUUUUCUUCUUCCUCUGUUCUUAUAAAUGGAUCUAACUUGUCUUAGAACGGGCACUUUUUGUUCCAUAUUUUUCUUGUCAAGUUCUGAAGAUUGUGAUGCAGUCCUUGUGUCUGUGUUUAUCUGUACGCUGACUUAUGAUGUGAUACAUUUGCAGGUGUUUGAAAAAGAAA